AUGGAUUCUAGGAGAAAUAAAAUUAUUAAGAUUAUCUUGCAAGAACAAGAAGAAGACGAUGAACUAUUUUUCCUUUUGGUUCCCGCUUUAUAUGCUUCCCUUUAUGAGGAAAAGCAUCCAGUUCACACAUCAUCUUUAUCUGGGGCUACAAAGGUUAAGGAAAUAUUAGAAGGCCACGAGAGUUGGUCUAGGGUUGAGUUUCGGAUGGAACCUGAGAUUUUCAAGUCUAUCGUGGAUUACCUUAGAAGAGAGAAUCUAUUGAAAGGCACGUCGUGUGUUGCUAUCGAGGAGCAGUUGGCAAUGUUCAUGUACAUGAUUUCGCACAAUUCUAGUAAUCAAGAUCUACAAAAAUACUUCCAACACAGCGCAGAAACAAUUCAUAGGAAGAUAAACAGGAUUUUUGACUUAAUUCCAACUCUAGCCCAAAGAUUUAUAAAGAUUCCAAGUUCACUCCAGCCCCACCCGAAGAUUGUUUCGAACAACCGCUAUUGGCCAUAUUUCCAGAACUGCAUUGGUGCUAUAGAUGGAACACAUAUCCCCAUCACUAUUGCUGAAGAUAAGGCACCCCCAUUUAGGAAUAGGAAAGGAACCCUCUCACAGAAUGUCAUGGUUGCAUGUGAUUUUGAUCUGAAUUUCACAUUUAUUUCAUGUGGGUGGGAAGGUUCAGCCAACAUGAAGCUGUGUUACCUGAUGACGAAGCCGAGUGGGAAGAAGACCUGA